UGAGCUGUUGGUCAAAUGUUUGUGGAGUUCUGUGGGACUUUAACGGAAGAGAACCCGGAAGUGAUCCACUUCCUGCAGAGGAAGUACAGCAAGGCCUUCCCGGAUUAUUUGGCCUCCACGGAGUUCCGCAAUGUGCUGGGCCGUUGCCUCACCCGGGUCCAGGGCAAGAAAAGCAAAGUGUUUGUUUACAUCAACGAGCUCUGCACGGCCUUGAAAGCCAACUCUCAGAAAACCAAACUAGCCUUGGCCAGCAGGGAGAAUUCCAAGAAGGCAGCAAUGGCUGGGCCAGGCACUCCGUCCGUCCAGGAUGACAAAGAGCUGGGCGCGUGCCCGACUCAGACUGAUGGCCAAACGGCAGAUACAGCCUCCCCGUCGGUGUCUCAGUCUGAACCCGACAAGAAAAAACGGACGGGCAGCGGAUCCCGCCGCCAGAUCCGCUAUUUGGAGAACCUCCUGAAGGUCUACGCCGACGAGAUCAAGCGGCUCCAGGAAAAGGAGCUGGAUCUGAACGAACUGGAGGACCAGGACUCCUCCUACAUUCAGGAGCACCGGCUGAAGAAGAAGAUGGUGAAGAUCUUCGAGAAGCUGUGCGAGCUGAAGAACUGCUCGAGCCUGACGGGCCGCGUCAUUGAGCAGCGCAUCGCCUUCACUGGCACCCGGUACCCCGAGAUCAACCGCAAGAUCGAGAGGUUCAUCAAUAAGGAGGAUCACUUCCCCGAUUACCAGGACAUCCGCAACAUCAUUCAGAAAGUCAGCGUCAAGCACUUGCUGGGACUGAGGCAGAGGCAGAUCCAGAGCAUGGCGCAGGAUGUGUUCCGAGAGGUUGGUAAUCGCCUGCAGGAGCGGCGGCACCUUGAUUUGGUGUACAACUUCGGAAGCCACCUCACGGACGAUUAUAAACCAGGGAAGGACCCAGCCAUGGCGGACACGGCCUUGGAGAGGAGGCUGCGGUCAAACCGGACCAUUGCUCUUGGCCGCCUCGAUGAGGUGGUGAGGAAAUACGCCGAGAUCCAGGACAUCAGCGAAAUAGAGGAGGAGGAGAAGAGGAAAAAGAAAAGACUUUUGCAGUCGGCAGUCACCUCCACCUCCGAAACAAACACAGACGGAGUCAAGGAGGGACAGGAGAAAGCUCAAAAAGUGAGCGAGACUAAAGAGGAAGAACCAGAGGAAGAUGGUCGUGGCUCCGACGAGGAGGAAGAGGAAGAGGACGAGGACGAGGAGGAGGAGGAGGAGGAUGAUGAGGACCUAUCAUCAGAUCCCGAUAUCGAGGAGGAGCUGUCAAAGAUUGAGGAGGUUGUGGCAGCUGAGGAUGAACCACAAGAAGAUGAGAAAGCAGAAGGCAGCGAUGCCGAGGAGGAGGAAGACGAUGAGGGCUCUGCCGAGUCAGCCCAGUCUUCGGAGGAUGAGGACAGUGAGGAGGACGCAGAGUCUGCUGAAGGCUCCCACGUGGAAGGAGGAGUGGGACUGGAGGCCGAGGCUAGCUCCAAGAGCGAGCUUAGCCCCGCCGGCCGAAUGGACAAGUCCGAGUGCGCUGCUGAGAGUGGGAGCACCACGCCAGAAGUGGUGGGUGGUGGCGGUGGCGGCAAUGAUGGUGUCCCCGUGUGCCCCGUGGAGGAUGGAGUGGGCUCGAGCAUCGGGGGCAGUGCUGCUGUUCCUGUUCCCGCUCCCACCAUGUGGGAUGUGAUCAGUGAGGAAGGGGUCGGCACCAGCAGCGAGAACGGGACUGCCCCUGCUGCAGACGAAGGGUUGGCACGUGCUGUUGCCGAGAAGGGGAGCCGGCCUGACACGGAAGGAGGCCCCAUCUGCAUGGCCGAGGAAAGCCUGGGGAGUGCAGAGGCCAGUCCCCUUCCUGCUGACCAGGAGGUGGCAGAACCUGACCUUGGGGGCCAAACCCAACAGCAGCCGAAGAGGAAGCGCGCUGACUCCAGCGGGCAGAAACCAGGGCUGCCCCUUGUCAGACUGAGCCCCAGAACCACCCCCGGGGUGGGUGAGGGAAUGAUAACAAACGAUGUGUCUGUACGUGACAAGGGCAGUGCAGAAGCUUCCCCGUGUUCUGAGCCAAAACCUUCGACCCUGGAGGUUGAGACGAGCCUGGACGGGAGGCCUCCUGUCACAACAGGCAGCGUGGAUAUUCUGGAAACUGACAGGCAUGGUCCAGAUGUCUAUUUAACUGCAUUAAAUGGACAGAAGCAAAAUUCAGUCGAUCUGGACACGUCCCCGGUCGCAAAGAGAAUUAAGCGAGCCCCAGAUGUGGAAACAAAAAGUGUGGAUGUGAUUGAACUGAUGGAGUCUGAUGAAGGGCUGGAGGAUUCACUGAUGGAUUGUGCUGAGUCCGCAGUCGGUGUCAAGUCUCUGCUGCCAGCUGUCGAUUCAACCCGAGCAGACUCUCCCCUUGUCAGUGUGGUCACCAGCUCUCAGCCCAGUCCUGUCGGGCACCCCAGGGUGAACGUGGCCACGCAGUGUGACCCGGAAGAAAUUAUUGUUCUCUCGGACUCUGACUGACACCCCAGAGGGAAGGUGUUCACUGACUGGGUUCCUCAAUUGCAGGCAGUACUGUAAAUUGUCUUUGGAGCAGGAGAAAGCUUGCACUGAUGCUGUGCGCUGCUUUCUCUCACUCGCCUAUCUCUCUCUGUCCCCCUCACACUCUCCCUUUGCCCAUGUCCCUGGUAUAAAAUAUAAGUGUUGCAAGAGAAAAACAAAAGAGAAACUGCAAGCAACAUGUCAGUUUUUUAAAAUUUUUGCUUUGUUUCGGGCCUCAGGAAGUUCCUGUCAAUGGAAAUGUCUGGAGCCAGGCCCAGUAACUCGGAUGGGUUCUUCAUCCUCAAGGAUCGCUCCUAUCAACUGGCAGGGGAGGGGGUUGGGGGGAGAUGGAAUCUCUCCUGUUUUGAGGUGGAAGGCUUUUUUUUUUUAAGUUGAUGUAUAAAUCAAUCUACCGUCUUUUGUUAGCAGUGCUUUCUACAAAGUGCACUGUGCAAAGUGCUGUUGAUGCAUUUUCAGAUAGUGAAAGGUUAGCGUCACUUUUUAAAAGAAAAAAAUAUAUCUCUAUAUAUUUAAAAAAACUUGUGGACUGAUCAAGUGCUUCACUUCAUCCUUUUCAAAACACCUUGAGAAUGGAUUAACCAGAAAACAUUGAAAUUAAAUUCCAAUCUGAGUUGUAAUGUUAAAAGGCGAUUUUUAUAAUUAACUGCGCAGCUCCUGUGUGCAUUUUCAGAAGUAUGUUUACAGUUCUCAAUUUUCUUUCCCCUGCUGUCCUGAAAAUUUUGCACCUGCCUGGGACACUGUUUUCUGUUGUCCUGCAGUUCCUUGUCCCUUCAGCUCAUUUGUAUUAGUUACAGCCUCGGUCACCUUUAAGAGAAGUUGCAAAGACGAAGAUUGACAUUUGUAAAAAGAGACGUGGAGCUGACUCACCAACUUCAUGGCUCACUGACCUGACCUUGCAAUCUGCUGUUUGUUACUUCCCCUCAGUUGGGGCAAAUGGUGAGGCUGUGAUGGCCCACAUCCCACCUGCAAAAAUAAAAAGUGGUUGCACGCAACAAAGCAGCUGAAACACGCUUUGAUGUGGCUUUUGCUAAUCCCAGAGAAUAAUGUCUCAUGUAUUGUGUACAGAGAGAGAGUUCAGCAAGUUAUCAGGCAGUGAUGCCUCUAGAUGAAUUAACAAAAUAGAGGUGAUUUUACUGAAAUGUCUUAUGAAUAGAAACGUGCUCACUGCCUUGAGCUGUUCUUGACCCGUGGUGGGGCAGGAGAGAAGGGUUUGGAAAGAAGAUUUUUUCUCAGGACCCUCUGUGUUCUCCUUACUGAGGCUUACUGUGGUUUUAAAGACAACGGUGGGGGGAGCUGGGGGAAAGAGUGGAGGUGGGCUGAGUUUAGCGGAACUGAAGUGCUGUAUUUUUGACUGGUAUCUCCUGUCUCUGGUGCCGUCUCCUUCUACCACUGUCGGUACAUAGUGGGGGGGAAUCGUCCCGCGUUCCCAAUGGCUCAGGUCUGCACUUACACAGGUUGAAGGUUGGAGAUGAUCAUUCACGCAGCAGUGUGGCGAGGUUUGCUUGAAGCAGCUCAGGACAUUCACUAGCUGUCUAAUCGAUGUGUCGAGUUCCUUCUUAUCUCGUGACAGAAGUGCCUGGCGCUAUUUAAAAUCGCCUUGCUUUAAUGAACCCAGAGGCAGAGCCACUACCACUGUGUCACAGCGCCCCAAGAAGUGCCUGCACUUUCUCUCCACCGUUAAUGAUCCACUGAAGAACCGUCUCCAAAAUGAGUAGCAAAUCAGCGAGUGUCUGUAAUUUCAGAACGUUAAGAAACACUGCCAGCGCAUAGGAGACUGCCAUCUGUCCCCAGGUAACUGCUGGCUGCUACAGUCUGCUGUCUCUUCUCACAGCUCCUCUUCCAAAACCCCUACCUCCCCAUUUCCAUCUCAACCAUACUCUGUGGCCAAUCCGCUUCGGCCCCACUGCCACUCUGUAAAGGAAUCUCUCUGCCCGCCGCUCCAUAAUUAAACUUCCAUCUCCUUGGUAUGAUUCCCCACCUCCCCCCCGUGACUCUGUUUGGGAUUGGUAGACUUCUUGAUUUGUACAAACACUGACUGAUGGAGUUUGACACCAGGCUGCAUUGGCACCUCGCAGGAAAGCUGCAAGUCUCCCGGAGCCCACGGCCUUUCUGCGAGGAGCGUUUGUUUGCGCUAGACAGCGAUUAUUCCAAUUUUCUGCCACAAACUCCCAGUUCUACGAAGUGGGGGGUCCUUCCAAAUUGGAGGACGUCUCCCCCUUUACUUCACUGUGACUGGGACCCCAAUCGACCCCAUGCUCAGCUCUGGCCCAAUUCCCUCUCCUCUCCCGCUCUGUUCUUGUUAAUAAUUGCUUCAGGUUUACACCAUUGUUCUCCCAGUGUGCAAUAUGUUUAGUUUCCUUUUCACUUCUUACUUUUCUUUUCCUCCUCAAAACCCCUAGUGUUGAAACAUAUAGAUUUACAAAAUAAGAGAGUUAUAAUUUAACUGCCGGAGCUAUGCGCUCCUCUGUAAGCUCAGAUCGAGUUUUAGUAAGAUAUACACAGCCCAGAAGUAGGUUAUUCAACCCCCAACUUCCCAACCCCUCCAUCUAACCCCAUCAGUGUAUCCUUCUGCCCCUUUUUUUGUCCCCCCCAUGGCUUUUUGCUCUGAGCAUCCCUCUCGAAGAGUUCACCUUCUCUCCUGAAAAGUGAGGUCUCUCCUGAAUUCUCUUUGGUAACAGCCCCAUGUUUAUGACAUGUCUCCGCCAACGAAGAUCAUGGAAACACUCCAUGGGUCAGACAGCAGCUGUGGAGGGAGUGGGAGCCACAUUAACACAGUCCCAGUCUCGCACUGGGUCGAAAUGGCCUUGUUGGACUCUCCAGAGUGAAGUGAAGGGAGCUGGAGAACAGCAUUUACUCUACUCGGUCCUGAACUUGUGUCUACAGCAAGUUAACUGUUUGGCCAGAGUUCAGUCCCAUUUCACAAUUCGUGAGAGGCAGAGGUGUAGCGCUGUAACGUGGAGGGUCUAGAGAGUGUCUGAUCAGAGGGUCCUCUCCAGUGAGAGGCAGAGAUGUAGCGCUGUAACGUGGAGGGGCUAGAGAGGGUCCGAUCAGAGGGCUGUCUCCAGUGUUUGGUUGUGGGCAGUGAUAACAUCCAGGAUUGUUUUAAUUUUCUGAGUGACAAGGUUGAUGUAUAUGGGGAGUGGGACAGCGCAGGGAACCCCUGCAUUACUCCCCUUUGCCCCCCCACCCCCCCAUCCGAUCUCCACUAAACAUCUUAAAGACCCCAGCAGUUUACAUACAUUUUGACAUAUAAUGUGUGGUGGGGUUUGUGUAUUUUUAUGAAGCUCUUUAAAAAAUAUUUAAUGAACUUUGGGAUAGUAGUGGCAUUUGCCAUGCUGAGAUUUGUCACACAUGCCCAAUUCCACCCACUAGGACUGUGUCUGCUCCACCCCAUCCUGCAGGCCGUUCUCUAAUCUGCUAGCAGGAGUUUUGAGAAAUGUUCUUUCUGUUCCACUAUUCUCUCUCUCUCUCUCUCUCUCUCUCUCUCUCUCUCUCUCUCUCUCUCUCCCCCUCCCCCCCCCGAUUCCCUGAUUUAACACAAAAGCAGCUUAUUCCCUGACAACCAGAGCCAACUUCUGAAUGCACUCAGAGAGACACCCCCCCCCCCCGCCGCAGUGCACCAAUUUGUCUCUGUCUGUGUUGCUCCCUGACUGUCCUUUGCAGCCCCUGUCUUCCUGUCACUCUCCACUGUCUGGUGCUGUUCCUCCUCCCUCUGCUCGAGAUGGAUUUAUUCCUCUGUCCCCAUUAUUGCUGUUCCUGUCUCAGCCUUCCCUGCUCUUUGACGAAUGUACUGCUGCCUGAGGGCGAUCAGCAUCUGUUUGCUGCUUCCCUUAAAAAUUCAUUGGCUGGACUGUUUUUUCAAAGGGCAAUCAGACACAUUUAGAUUCUCCUCCAGUAGUUUGAUGUUGGGCUGGUGCAGGGACUGUCGCUGAUACUGCCCUGUUCUGUGAGAGACACUGGCGUGAUUUCCUGGGGCCCAGUGUGAAACAAGGAACCCACUGCACUGCACAAGACCAGCCUGUCCCUGAGCUCAAAGCAAAGGAGAUUUGAGAAGUGGUUGGAAGAGCCCAUCACAGGGAGAUGAGAGAUUGUGUUACUUUUCACAAAACAGCAGAAACCACCAAACUUGGAGGAUGCUGUGUUGAUUUGAAGGAAGGGGGGGGGGGGGGAGACCCAGGGGUGGGGGGGCCGGGGGGGGUGGGGGGGGGGUGGAAAUAAACCGGGAUUAAGUGUUUACCUCAAAUGUGCUGUAUAUCUUUUAAGAUUUUUUUUAAUUCCAAAGUUAAUUUUCUAUUGACGUCUUAUGAGCAAUUCAAUUGUUGGUUUAGUGUCUCAUUAAAGGUACUGUUUUUGAACAG